GUCUCUCCCCAUCCGGGGCAGUGAGGAAUGGCUGAGCCCGGGGUUCGCCGCCGCCGCCGCGGCCCCCGCCCGCUUUCGGCUCCGGCUGCAGGUCCUUAGCAUCCGAGACGUCUUGGAUUCGUAGCCCUCGACAUUGCCCCAGUCAGAAGUCAUCAUGUCAAAGUUAAAAAGCUCCGAGUCGGUCAGGGUGGUGGUUCGCUGCCGACCCAUGAAUGGUAAGGAAAAGGCGGCUUGCUACGACAAGGUGGUGGAUGUGGAUGUGAAGCUGGGACAAGUGUCGGUGAAGAACCCCAAAGGAGUGGCUCAUGAACUGCCCAAAACCUUCACUUUUGACGCUGUCUACGACUGGAACGCCAAGCAGUUUGAACUCUAUGAUGAGACGUUCCGGCCGCUCGUGGACUCGGUCCUGCAAGGCUUCAAUGGGACAAUUUUUGCCUAUGGCCAAACCGGAACUGGGAAAACUUAUACAAUGGAAGGCGUCCGUGGCGACCCAGAGAAAAGAGGCGUCAUCCCUAACUCAUUUGACCACAUCUUCACCCACAUCUCUCGAUCACAGAAUCAGCAGUACCUGGUCAGGGCUUCUUACCUAGAGAUCUACCAAGAAGAAAUCCGAGAUCUGCUCUCCAAGGACCAGACCAAGAGACUGGAGCUCAAAGAGAGGCCUGACACGGGCGUGUACGUGAAGGACCUGUCGUCCUUCGUGACCAAGAGCGUGAAGGAGAUCGAGCAUGUGAUGAACGUGGGGAACCAGAACCGGUCUGUCGGUGCCACCAACAUGAACGAGCACAGCUCCCGUUCACACGCCAUCUUCGUCAUCACCAUCGAGUGCAGCGAGGUGGGCCUUGAUGGUGAAAACCACAUCCGGGUAGGGAAGUUGAACCUUGUGGAUCUCGCUGGCAGCGAGCGGCAAGCCAAGACCGGCGCUCAGGGGGAAAGACUGAAGGAGGCAACCAAGAUCAACCUCUCCCUCUCGGCCCUGGGGAAUGUCAUCUCAGCCCUGGUGGACGGCAAAAGCACCCACAUUCCAUAUCGGGACUCAAAGCUCACCAGACUCCUCCAGGAUUCCCUUGGUGGCAAUGCCAAGACGGUGAUGGUGGCCAACGUGGGGCCCGCCUCUUACAACGUAGAGGAGACUCUGACCACUCUGAGAUAUGCCAACCGUGCCAAAAACAUUAAGAAUAAGCCAAGGGUCAACGAAGACCCUAAGGAUGCUCUCCUGCGGGAAUUCCAGGAAGAGAUUGCUCGGCUCAAGGCCCAGCUGGAAAAACGAUCCAUUGGCAGGAGGAAGAGGCGAGAGAAGCGGAGGGAAGGUGGUGGUGGGGGCGGGGGUGGGGAAGAGGAGGAGGAGGAGGGCGAAGAGGGUGAGGAGGAAGGGGAUGAUAAGGAUGAUUACUGGCGGGAACAACAAGAAAAACUGGAGAUUGAGAAGCGGGCUAUUGUAGAGGACCACAGCUUGGUUGCAGAGGAGAAGAUGAGGCUGCUGAAGGAAAAGGAGAAAAAGAUGGAAGACCUGCGGCGGGAGAAGGACGCAGCUGAGAUGCUGGGUGCCAAAAUCAAGGCCAUGGAGAGUAAGCUGCUUGUUGGAGGAAAAAAUAUAGUAGAUCACACAAACGAACAGCAGAAAAUUCUGGAGCAGAAGCGACAGGAAAUUGCUGAGCAGAAACGCCGGGAAAGAGAAAUCCAGCAACAGAUGGAAAGUCGAGAUGAGGAAACUUUGGAACUAAAAGAGACGUACAGCUCAUUGCAGCAGGAGGUGGACAUCAAGACCAAAAAACUCAAAAAGCUCUUCUCCAAGCUUCAGGCCGUGAAGGCCGAAAUCCACGACCUGCAGGAGGAGCACAUCAAGGAACGCCAGGAGCUGGAGCAGACACAGAACGAGCUCACCAGGGAGCUGAAGCUCAAGCAUCUUAUUAUAGAAAACUUUAUCCCUCUGGAAGAAAAAAGCAAAAUUAUGAAUAGAUCCUUCUUUGACGAAGAGGAAGAUCAUUGGAAAUUACAUCCAAUAACCAGACUGGAGAAUCAGCAGAUGAUGAAGCGACCAGUCUCUGCCGUGGGAUACAAGAGACCCUUGAGCCAACAUGCAAGAAUGUCCAUGAUGAUUCGACCAGAAGCCCGAUACCGGGCAGAAAACAUUGUGCUGCUAGAGCUGGACAUGCCCAGCCGGACCACCAGAGACUACGAGGGCCCGGCCAUUGCCCCCAAGGUCCAGGCGGCGCUGGAUGCGGCUCUGCAGGAUGAAGAUGAAAUCCAGGUGGAUGCUUCAUCCUUUGAAAGCACUGUGAGCAGGAAAUCCAAGGCCAGGCCUAAGAGCGGAAGGAAGUCGGGAUCCUCCUCCUCCUCUUCCUCAGGAACCCCUGCAUCCCAGCUUUACCCACAGUCUCGGGGGCUGGUCCCAAAGUAGAGGCUGGCACUGCCUCUCCCAGGGUGCAAAAGGCUUUGCCUUCCGCGAGCAGAGACCAGCGUGAAGCGGCAAGGAGGACUGGAGCCCUGGCUCCACACCGUUUCCCUGAGGAGACGCCAUGGCCUUGGAGUCACCAGCCUGAUCUGGUAGAACAUGCUGCUCUUGACAUGGUGGCAGCGCCUCUGGGCAGCAACUUUAAUUAGCAUCUCAGAAAUGCAUGGGUAAGGUCUAGCGCGAUCAUCCAAGCGGAGAGCAAGAGAAUGACCAGUGACCUUGCUUCUCCUCUCCCUUCUCCCCGCCCCCACCCCAUCACUAUCCUCUCUCCUUUUUCAGCCUGUUCUUUUUACUGGGCUCCCUUCUUGUUGAACAAUAGGGCAGUCACCCCAGCAGGACCCUUUGGAGCCUCAGGAUAGAAUUGACAGUGAGGUUGCAAAAUGAAAGCUUGGAGAACUUGAACAGGGCCCAUGCUUUAGAAAAACCAAGAAAAAUCACAUUUGCACCCAUGCCCUGUGUGUGUGUGUGGUGGGGGGGGGGUCCUGAGCCAUCUAGUUCUUCCCUGCACCCCAGUUAGAAGUGGCUUUGCCUUUGGGAUGUCCUGCGUGAGGCGCUCUCUUCUACUUCCCGCUUCUGACAGAUUCCAUGUCAGUAGCAAUCGAAGCACCAUUCCCUUUGUCUCUGCCAAGAGCGUAGGGAAACAGCUUCUUUAAAACCUCAAGUCUGGGACCAUCCCAUCUGAGACUGAAGUCUGUAGCUGGUACCAUGUCCAUACACCGCGUCACUCUAUAGUCUUGUUUUGUCACCUCUGUUGCCCAGACACGCAUGCUCUCUGCGUCUGUGCAGGGGUCCUCCACUUCCAAGGCAUGCUCUGCAUUGGGAGUGCUUUGUGGGAGAAGGGAGGCUGGUUCUGCCUUCUCUGAUGGACUAGAGGUGGGGACUGAAACAUGGGGUGCACUUUGGCAUUCCCCACUUUGUUGCCUGUUGGCAGGGAGCAGAAGUAACUAGGUAGUCACAGAAAAGCCAGGGGAGUCAGUACAGUGGAAAGGGCAGGUCCAGCCAACGGAUGGCAAGGAAUCCUGCCAACCUUGUGCAGAAUGCUGCGAGUCCUGAGCUGGGGCUGUCUGCAGGGGGAGCCCCAAAUGCUGGCCAGGAGCAGCUGUGGACUCAAACAGGCUCAAAGAAGAGAGUUCCGAAUUCCCAUCUACAUAGACUAGUUUGGUUUGAAAGUUUGCGUUUUUGUAUUACUGAGAUUCAAAGCUUCAUGUUAUGUUGGUCAUUAGGUGAAUGUUCCUUAUUUUUCCCCCAGGAGAAGCUCAUCAAUGUGUGUGGGCGUGCAAAGCACUAGUGCCUGUGUCCUGUGAGUGUGGCUGCGCGUGUGUCUGUAAGAGAGCAAGGAAGGUGGAGAACUUGCCCCAUUUCAGAAAUCCCCUGAUGUGUAGUUGUUGCCUUUGUCUUUGCUAAAGGGCCAUUGAAUGACUAAGCUGGCUGGGAGCGCUCCCACCAGGGUGUCUGAGUCUGGGAGCCACACCUGAGGGGACAGUAAUAGUCCCUAGGUCGGCCACACUGGUGCACCUUGCUGGCACGGUGCCUCAGGGAGGUGGUGACUCAGGUGGGCCGGAGUUAGAGUUUAACUGAGCUGCUCGGUUCCCAGGGCACAUUUCUGGAUCAGAAUCCAUGAGAAAAAGAGGAGGUACCAAGUGCAGUGUCAGCAUUCUGUCAAACAUCUGUCACCCAGUAGCCCAUCUUGUUUGCAGUCACCAUUUUUCUGAACCAGGGUCCUUGGCAACAGUCCCCAUAGCUUCCAGAAUCUUCCCUCCCUUUUCUUGGGCUCUAACCCAGUCUCUGUUAUUCACUGAACACAUGUCUGACUCGGUGGCAGAUGAAGGGGUGUGCAACCCCAGCUGGCCAGUUGCUGAUGACGUGUGUGUGACGUCACCUUUCCCCAAAGCUAAUCUGAACUCUGUAAGCUGGAACAUGCCCAUGUCACAGAGCUCAGCACGGAAGACUGCGGAUUACACUCACCCUUCAUACUGAUGCUCUUCUGACCAAGGCUGGUUAAGUGACACAGGGAACUUUUCUGAGAAAGCCAAGAAGAAAACCAGAUUACUAAUGCGGUUGACUGAAACAAGCUUGCCUUGUACAAGCUGGAGUUCACGGGCUAGUCUGUAAAACCCUUCCUUGGAAAUGAAGCUACCUGCCCCUUGCUGGGAAGCUUUUGGUGCUUUUCUGCUCUCAGAAUGGAGCCCCUAGAAAUUUGAAUAGAGCAGAUGGUGGAGUGUCUUACUGCCAUCACAGGCUGCUGCUUUGGGCUCUAGACGGAGCCAAGUGGUUAUAGGACCUACCAAGCCCACCAGAGGACUAGGUCUUUAGAUCUCUAGUCCUGCUAGGAUGGUCCAGGCCAUCUGAGGGCUCUUUUGUCAGUAGCAUCAGCAGCCAGUGAGGUGUGGAAACAGGUCUUUACCCGGAUCUGGGGUGACCUCUGAGAGGCAGAGGUGGUGACCACACGCGGCCCCCAUCAGAUCCCUCCUUCCCUGAUUUGUUGAAUGUGUCCAGCUUCCUGUUUUUAAAGUCCUCCUAGGCCCCUGGAUUCAGAACCCAAGGCCUCAACUCACAGGCAUGAAGCACUUUCUAAAGACUGUGACUCAACGCUGGACUGUCCCACCUUUGGCCUGCAUGCUACCUGAGUGUCCCACCCACCCCACCAGGACCAAGGGCAUUGGAGGGUGCUGCAGCCCAGGCAUGGGUGGCUCUCUGCUUUUCCUGUCUUGUAAAGUCCUCUCUCGCCGAAUGUAGAAUUGUUGCCAAGUUCCUGAGAAGUGUCGAGUCGCGGUUAACAUGGGGGAUCAGUUCUGCCUCGUGUCUGCCCCCUGAACUCAGUGUGCUGUGCACCACCACACCUUGGGCUGUCUUAACAUCAUCCGUGGACAAAGGUGGGGCUAGUAAUAGACUCUAAAAGCCAUACGAAAAUACUGUGGGGGCACGAGCUAAGAAUAAGGGGCCAGGCUAUUAUCUGUCCUGCAGGGCUUCCUCCCCGCCCUUGUUUCUUGAAGAAAAUGCUGUAGCAGUUAUUUCUGAAAGGAGUGAUCUCGGGCAAGCAAGGAGGCGUGUGGGCAGCACGGCUCCUUGGAGUUCAUGUGGAUCUUAACCUUCUCUUUGGC